CAUUGCACUACCGCUGUCUAACUCUUGUCAUACAUUUAUUGAAGGGAAAUGACAAAAGAUAUGUGAACCAAGCACUCCACAAGGACAUACUCCCUCAUAUUUGCCCCACCAGGCCGGGCGCAUGUGGUCCCCUCGAGUCCCUGUCCUCCCUUAACCUCUAGAGUCCUCAUGCCUCGCACCCACCGGCAAUCCCGGAGUUCCUCGCGACUAUGUCAUCUCCCUCGUACCGACAAUCUGUCGAUAGAUAUAGCUCCCCGACCUCAGCGACUUCACAACAUGGUCAGUUUCCGUUUCCGAGCCCAGACUGGACCGCUGGGCGGCAAGGGUCGACAUCAAGCCUUCGACGGGGUUCCGUUGCCAGCUCCAUCGGCUCGAUUGGAGGCUCCUUGGACACCAUCGGUCAGCCGAAGGGCAAUGCGAUGACGGAAAUUGGACAGAAUGCAAUAUCAACGCUCCUCCAGCCACCUAUGCUUCGAACCGGACUCAACCCACACAUAACACCAUCCACCUCACAUCGCCCUCCUACCACCCGAGAUAUUCCUCCCGUCACAUUGGCCAAUAUCCCUCGUGUGGAUAACUCCGUGUUCAAAACAUAUUUAGCGCAAAUCGCGCCUUUGGUCGAGUCAUUCCAGAGGGCCAGGUUAGGGUCGGAAAAAGAUCCGGGUCGCAAACACAAAGGAUCAUCACAAGAAGAGCGCGUUGUGGAUACGCUUGAGCGGAAACUGAGUCGAGAUAGCCUAGGAGCCGAACUUCCCCGACGAGCCAGUUCAACCAGCGUUCUCUCCCCUGUUGAACCAUCGGAAGGAAGACGGCGCUCCGGUGCCGGUUCGUCGAGGAGAGCGGCCGCGACCGUAGCGCCUCUCUCAACUAUCCCGAGUGUAUACUUCGAUGGCAACUUUCAGCUGGAAAACCCGCGUACAUUUGACGUAGUCAGCGAACGCUCCGAAGUAGUGCGAUCCCCCUAUCCAUCCAAAGAUGACGGGCAAGGCGCGAACGGACAUCCGAAUGGCGCCCCAGCACCUCCACGGAAGGCGCUUGCUACCAAUGCGAUUCUACAAGAGAAAUUGUCGUGGUACAUGGACACCGUGGAAAUCCAUCUAAUUUCUUCAAUUUCCACAGCUUCCGCGUCAUUCUUUGCGGCACUUGGUUCCCUUAAAGACCUGCAGUCGGAGGCUUCGGAUUCGGUAACCAAGAUCAAGAAGCUGCGGGAAGAUCUCGCCAAACUCGACCAAGACAUGGCUCAAGGGGGUCUCGAGAUUCUUUCCUUGCAACGACGGCGCGAGAAUUUGCGGAAGCUUGGGCAGUCGAUGAUUCAACUGCGAUGCAUCAUGGAUGGCGCCACCCAUUGCGAAGAACUGGUUGACAGUGGCGAGUUAGAGCUUGCAAUCGACCGUCUCGACAUCCUCGAACGAUAUGUGGCAGGGAAACUGCCCAGCGUUCAGGGCGAGGAUUUGUCGUGGUUAACGUCCAAUCCUGCGCAGCAUAUCUAUGACCUAAGAAGUCUCAAAGCAUUAGAAGGGUUCACGAAUGGGGUGAAUCUGCUUCGGGACAGAGUUGGGAAAGGAUUCGAAGCCAGAUUCCUGGAGACUUUGCUUGCCGAUCUACGGCAGCACGUCUUUACGGUGCCGAAUAAAGAAACGUUACGAGGGUGGGCUUUCGCGUCUCAGCGUUCAAGAGGCGGCCACGGGCGCUCGCAGUCAGGAUUUCCUGCCUACAUGAAGACGGACGAUAAGUUUAGAGAAGAUCUACAGUCGAUUUUGCAUGGUCUCAACCGCUCACGACACACCGGACCAGCUGCGAUUGCAUUUCGAGAGGCAGUGAUGCGGGAAAUGAAGAGCUUAAUCCGCCAACAUCUGCCCAGCUCGUCCGAUGACGAUGCCGAGUCAUUGGCAUCGGCAUCGACGCGGAACAGCCGAGCUUUGAGUCAACAAGAGAAGUCGGUGAUACUUGCUCGUAAUCUGCGCGCCUUAGAUCCCGAAUCCGCCGAGGACCUACUGGUGAAGACAUACACUGCAGUGGGAGAGGUCCUUCGGCGGCUGGGCGUCCAGGUGAAGGUUCUCCUCGAUGUGACGACCGGAAUGUUCGUCCCUCCUCCCAAGUCGGAUGUCUCGUCCCCGCCGCGAAGCCCGAGCAUUCCCAGCAUCGAGAAGACGAUCGUCCCCGGCCGACAUAGGGCGGACUCCAGUUCCGUACAAGAGGAAAUCUCACAGAGCUUGGACAUGUCCAGCCUUUUAGGGCAAGCUGUCGACGUCGCUUUAACGCACGUUACCAAAGUCCUAAAGGCACGCUCGGAGCAGACAGUCCGCCUUCCCAUGGAGUUUUUCCUGCGAUAUUUCACGUUGAAUCGGUUAUUCACCGACGAAUGCGAAGCAGUCUCGGGCCGAUCCGGCGCAUCGCUCAAGUCCGUGGUCAAUAUGCAGAUCAAAGAAUUUGUGACUUUGUUCGGGGAAUCGGAAAGGCAAAAGCUGCAACAAGUGCUCGAUGCGGAUCGGUGGGACGCCAAAGAUGUUGGCGAGGCCGAAUCGGCGGCUCUCUCGCGGAUUUUGGAAAGCAUGACAUCGGACCCGCCUACAUGGACGAAGAUCGCCGACCUGUGGGCAGAUCCAGAGUCAAAAGAAGACGACGAACAGGGCGCCGAGGGAGAGACAAAUGGCGUUAAAGAGACAGAAAAGGCCAGAAGUGCAGUCAUUGACGAAGACAAGUACAUAUUGGUCGCGUCCACCAUUCAUCUCCUACGCACGGUCGAACGGUUCUGCAUUAUUCUCACGAUUAUCCCUCCAAUGAGCAACGAGAUAUCGACCUCGCUCCUCGACUAUCUAAAACUUUUCAACUCCCGGUCUUGCCAGCUCAUCCUCGGUGCCGGCGCAAUUGGCACGGCUGGGUUGAAAAAUAUCCUAACGAAACAUCUCGCUCUUGCAUCUCAGUCCUUGAGCUUCGUCAUCGCCUUGGUUCCUUACCUUCGAGAGUUUAUUCGUCGGAGACCCUCCACAUCACCUGGGACUCUGGCAGAAUUUGACAAGGUGAAACGCCUGGUUCAGGAUCACCAAUCGAGCAUAGACGAGAAGUUCGUUGAUAUCAUGGCCUUGCGCUGCUCGUCCCACAUAUCAGCAAUGAAAAAGCUGGAUUUCGAUGCAGAGAAGGAAACACAGCGGAACGUUAGUCCAUAUAUGGAGACACUGACGAAGGAGACCAGCACGCUCCAGAGAGUGCUCGCUAGGCACCUACCAGAUGGAAACGUGAAGAUGAUCAUGCUCCCCGUCUUCACCAACUACAAAGAGCAAUGGGGCAAGGCGUUCGCAGAUGCCACGGUAACCACAGCACCAGGGAAAGCAAGACUUCUACGCGACGCCGAGUUGUUCGAUACGAGGCUGAGCAAGAUCGAUGGAUCUGGUGAUAUCGGCGCCUACGUCAAGGACAUCGUGCACAAAAAGAAAGUCCAAGAGAAACCAGCGCCCGCCCCAACGGCUGAAGGUGACGAUGACGCGGAGACGCCGAAGGACGUAGCCCCAGAGCCGGAAGAGAAGCAGUCGGACUCGUGAAUUAGCGUUGGUCUUCGUUCGGGCGUUUCCUUUUUCCAACCGGACGACAACUUGAGUUGGAUCGUCGUUGCAUUGGGCGGAGUUCAUGUGUUGAGGAUCCAUUUAGCGUGCGAUGAGAUCGUUUAACUAUAUGUACAAACUUCUAACAGAUGUUUUACAGCCGCGCUUGGCGGAGGCACGGGUGGAUUGGCCUGCUGUGCUGACUAUCAGCAUCAAACACGACAAUACAAGUCCAUUCUGC